AUGGCGCCACCUCCGAAUCUUUUCAACAAUCUAAACACUGUUCCAGCCCGCAGUGGUUCCGAGAGGCGAGAACGGGGCGUAUCCAGACACGACCUGUAUAUCUUGGUCAGUCUAUCAAUCAUGUCGUUGGUGAUUGCUCUAGAGGCCAACAUAAUUGUUACAGCACUGAGUGCUAUUGUACAAGACAUCGGAGGUAACUCGAAUCAAGCAUUUUGGAUCGGAACCUCUUACCUCGUCACAUGUGCCGCGUGUAUGCCCUUCACUAGCUCAGCUAGUGAUGUUUUCGGCCGGCCUCGCAUUCUCUUCUUAAGCACCUUUCUGUUCACUGUUGGAACUGGAGUCUGUUGUCUCUCUGGGAACAUAGGCGUUCUCAUUGCAGGGCGUACAAUUCAAGGGAUUGGCUCAGGAGGAAUGUAUGUCCUCACGCUGGUCAUAUUCACCGACAUCGUCCCGUUACCACAACGCCCGAGGCUGUAUGGCAUCAUACAGAUGGCGUGGGCCAUUGGGUCUCUGAGUGGACCUAUUAUUGGAGGCGCAAUCGCAGAAAAUACCACGUGGAGAUGGAUCUUUUACCUAAACUUCCCUAUUUGCGGUUAUUGCCUCAUCGUCAUUCCUGUGCUACUUCCCCUCAGAGCACCCGUUGUUGGUUUUCGUCAAGGACUUGCGAGAAUUGACUGGAUAGGUGGAAUUAUCUUUACGUUUUCCGUCAUCGCUAUUCUCAUUGGCAUUUCUUGGGGUGGUAAUCGGUUCCCAUGGGUAGGCCCUCAGACGCUUUUGCCAAUUAUCCUCGGCACCCUUGGCAUAACUUUCACCGUAUACUUCGAGUGGAAAGUCUCCGCGUGCCCGUUCUUGAAGGUAGUGUUAUUUUCCAACAGGACAUCCAUCGUCACCUAUAUCCUUGGCCUUUUGCAGGGGCUUAUCUUAUACGGUCAGCUCUACUAUGUACCAUUAUUCUUCAUCUCCGUCAAAGGCUAUAGCCCUCUGGUUGCGGGGACUUCAAUGCUUCCAGUUUCGGCAUGCCUACUCCCUGGAUCCAUUAUAUCGGGAAUUUUGGUCACUCGAUACAAUGCUUAUAGAUGGUCAAUAUGGCUCGGCUGGUCUUUGACAGCGAUAGCGUCUGGUCUUCUGAUCUAUUGGUCUGUAGAGACACCCACCUAUCUCUGGGUCAUCACACUUAUAGUCGGCGGCCUUGGUCACGGCUUAGUGCUGAACGCUCAAACAUUCGUAACCGGCGCUGUUGCUGCUGCACAUCACUCUGGUCAUGCAGCAACCAUGUAUCUGUUCUUUCGGAUGCUUGGAACAGCGAUCGGGGUCAACCUCGGCUCUUCCGUGUAUCAAAGUUUUAUGGCUUCGCAACUUAGGGAGAAGGGCUUACCGGAAAGUAUUGCGUUCCAUUCCGAGGAAUAUCUUACUACUUUGAAGAAUCUGCCCGAUGGAGAAUACAGAUCUUCUGUCCUAGUCUCCUACGCUUCCGGGUUCAAAGGAGUUCAUUUGAUCUUCACUAGUCUUGCAGGCAUGGCCUUUCUACUCAGCUUCCUUGUGGGCCACUACGACUUGAACAAAAACUCCGAAGGCGACCAUCAACUACAACCGCAGCAAUUGGCACCGCCAAUGAGCCGUGAUGGCGAUUCUUGGGUAGGAUCAAGCAUGUAUGCGAAUGGAACCCGACAAGACUAA